AUGUCUUUCAGAGGAGGACGAGGUGGUGGCCGUGGAGGCGCCGGUGGAUUUGGUGGAAGAGGAGGCAGAUCUUUUUCAGCUCCUCAAGGACCACCUGAUACUGUUGUUGAAAUGGGUGCCUUUUUACACCCUUGCGAAGGUGAUAUUGUUUGCAGAUCUAUCAAUACUAAAAUCCCAUAUUUCAAUGCCCCAAUAUACCUUGAAAACAAGUCUGUUGUUGGAAAAGUCGACGAGAUUCUUGGUCCUUUGAAUGAGGUGUUCUUCACUAUUAAGCCUACCGAAGGCAUUGUAGCUACUUCUUUCAAAGAGGGCGAUAAGUUUUACAUUGGUCCUGAUAAGUUACUUCCUUUAGAACGAUUCUUACCCAAGCCAAAGGUUGCUGGAGCUUCUACACCUAAGAAGCCUUCCGGAGGUCGUGGCGGCUUCGCUGGUGGUCGUGGUGGUCGCGGCGGUUUUGGCCGUGGCGGUGCUUUCCGUGGUGGUCCCGGAGGUGGCCGUGGUGGUAGUCGUGGCGGAUUUGGUGGUGGUCGCGGUGGCUCUAGAGGUGGAUUUGGCGGUGGAUUUGGUGGUGGUCGUGGCGGCUCCAGAGGUGGUUUCGGUGGUGGACGAGGGGGUAGAUUUUAA